AUGGGUGUUGGAAGUAGCAUAAAACAGAAGUUUCUGAACAAGAAGAAACAACUGACUCCUUCGCAAAAAAAGGGGAAAAAGCAGGAGAAGCCCAAGGCAAAGAAGGCUACCCGCCGUGAGAUAAGAAAUGCUGAUAACUUGGGAUGGAAGAAGGUGAAUAUUCCUGACACUUUGGAUGACUUCGAAGGUUUCUACGGAUUGGAGGAGAUUGAUGGUGUUGGUGUGAAGAUUGUGAAUGGUCAGGUGCACUUUGAGGUGAACGAGGACAAGUCAGAGGAAAUAUCAGAGGAACGUGAAGAAGGUGCGGAAGAGGACGAAGAAGAACAACAAGAUAACAAGACAAAAGAGACCAAAUCACAGCCGAAGAAGAAAAAGAGUCUUGAGAAGACAAAUAAUGAGAAAAAGGAGAAAACUACUGACAAAAAGGGAGGUGACGUAAAAGAGGAAGCGGAUUUGGAACAAGGUACCUUCAACGCUCUAGACGACAUAGAGGAUCUAGAUCAGGAUGACGUUGACAUGCCCGAAUGGAAUGAUCUCGAGCUUUCGCUACCUACGUUGAGAUCUCUACAGAACUUGGGAUUCACCACGCCAACUCCCAUUCAAAAAGAGACAAUCCCAGUCGCCAUGCGUGGCCAGGAUGUCAUUGGUAAGGCCAUCACCGGUUCGGGUAAGACGUUAGCCUAUGCCCUACCAAUUCUUGAGAAGAUUGUCUCACAGAAGCAGACAGUAACGACCACCAAGAGCAAGCAUAUUGCUCCACCCACGGCAAUUGUUUUUGCGCCUACUAGAGAACUGGCCAAACAGGUGUACGAUCACAUACAGAAGCUGCUCAGCGGUUCGUCUUCGUUAGACCCCAAGGCUGUGGUGUCCAUUACAGGAGGAUUAUCCAUUUUGAAACAGGAGAGACUGCUGCGUUAUGGGCCUCAGAUUCUGAUUGUUACUCCUGGUCGUUUCUUCGAGCUACUGGAGAAGAAUGAAGAGAUAGCAAAAAGGGUCAGUCGUGCCAAAAUCUUUGUUUUUGACGAAGCAGACAGGUUGCUUCAAGACGGCCACUUUGAAGAGGUUGAGAAGACGAUCAAGACUCUGUCGAAUGUGAGACCCAAAGAGAUGGGCAAAUGGCAGAGUCUGGUGUUCUCGGCCACAUUUUCGAAGGAACUGUUCGGAAAGCUCGACAACCAGAACAAAAAGCCCAACAAGUCUGAAGAAGAUAAGGAAACCAUUCUGCUAUUGGCCAAGAAGCUCAAGUUCAAAGAUCAGGGUAAUGCUAGACUGAUUGACGUGAACCCCAUGGAGACCGUGAGUUCAAGAGUUACCGAAGCCAUGAUUCCAUGUGGACCUACAGAGAGAGACUUGUAUCUCUAUUACUUCCUACUGUUAUAUCCCGGAUCCACCUUGGUAUUCGCUAACAGUAUUGAGUCCGUCAAGAGAUUGGCCCCAUUUUUGAACAACCUGAACAUCCCAACGUUCUCGAUCCAUUCUUCAAUGAUCCAAAAGCAGAGACUUCGCUCUUUGGAACGGUUCAAGGAAGCUGCAUCCAAAGCCAAUGGGUCAACAGUGUUGAUCGCAUCUGAUGUGGCUGCCAGAGGUCUGGAUAUUCCCGGAGUGACCCAUGUGGUCCAUUACCAUUUGCCUAGAACAGCAGACGUGUAUGUCCACAGAUCCGGAAGAACGGCUCGUGCAGGCAAAGAAGGUGUCUCUUUGGUGCUAUGUACGCCCCAGGAAGCCAGUGGUUCCAUGAAGACCCUUUUGAGGGUCACCAAGCACAAAAAGACCGAGCUGAAGAUGCUUCCCGUGGAGAAUGACAUUCUGAGACAGCUGAAACCAAGAGCCACCAUUGCCACAGAACUUGCCGAGUCUGAGAUCUCCACCAUGGGAUUAAACAAGGAGAAGAGCUGGAUGUCCCAGGCUGCUGAAGAGUUGGGAAUCGAGGACUUUUCAGACAUGGAGGAGGACGACCAUGUCAAGAAGCAGAGAAAGAAGAGGGAGUGGAAGAAGCUUGAAAGACCAGACUUCAAGAGCAAGCGUGCGGAGCUAAGGCAGUUGCUCGCGGUGCCAGUGAGGAAGGAAGGAAGAAGAAGUUACGUCUCCAGCGGAUUGGUUAAUCUGGCGGACAUGGUUGUACGCGGCAAGACGCAUAAGGAUAUCCUAGGGUUUACGGACCAGGAUGCUUUGCACACGUUGACUACGAGCAAGAAGCAGAGAAGAAGCUAG